UCGAAACAAAAAUUAAUGAAGUGUUAUAUCGCUGGGCUUUGCUUUAAAAGCCAGACAUCAUAAUGUAUGUGAAUGUAUAAUCAAGUAUUUUGGAAAUGAAGAAAAACUAUGUAUUAUAUUAGGGUAUUAAAUCUCUGGAAGCAGGUUAAGGUAUUAUUUCAACCUGGAGCAGGUAAUGUUUGUUUUCCCUAAAUCCCUUUCAUUAAUUAUUUAUUCCCUGUUUUCAAGUUCUCUUUUUCCCGCUCUGACGUACGAGCGAACCACCAAUAGGUAGUAGCUAUAGCUGUGACGAAAUAAUGUCGUCAUCGAACCUGUGCAGCGUGGACGGUGUGGCGCGCGAUCGACGAAGGGAGAGUUUUUUUCUCUCUCUUAGCUUCCCGAGGUGAUGGUCGUGACUGGCGCCUGCAGGGUCCGAAUCAAGUUAACGCGGCGGGACGGACGCGUCCCUAUCUCCCGAUGGACAUCACGAUAAGUUUUCCUAUUUCUUUUCAUAUUGCUUCGUUUAACGCUAAAUUUAAAUAAACUAAUUUAUUUUUUUUUAUUUAUUAAAUCCGUAGGAUCCUAUCAAAUAAGUAAUUCUAAUAAUUAAACUUAACUUCGUGGUAGCUGUGCCACGUGCUCGCGCUAAUUUAACUUAAUAUGAAAUGAAAACUUAAUAUUUUUUUUUAUCUUUCCCUGCUCCAGAGAAUCUUUUUUUAUUGUAUUAAAAUGAUUAGUAAUGAUUUUCAUUGUCAUGUUUAAAUUAGAAUGUUAAACCACAUGAGGAAUGUUAUACUUAAUUGUUUUAGAAUGUUAAACCACAUGAGGAAUGUUAUACUUAAUUGUUUGAGCUGAACAUGAUUAAUAUGAUUUUCAAUAAAUAUUGUAAUUUUAUAUAAACUUAACUCUCAUUUAUUAGCAGUUAUUAAUUGAUUCACUUUAGGCAGUUAUUGUGAUUUUAGUAGCUUUUAGUUAUAUAUUUGAAUAUUUUCCUGACAGGCUCGAACCUGAUUUUAGAUUAGCUUAAAUAAUUUAUUUGGAGGAAAAUGCUUGAAUUACUUUGAUUGCAUAAAAAUAAUAAAAUAUUAAAUCAAGAUAAAUAAUUUUAUUAAGAAAUCUAAGCCUAGAUGCAAUUAGAUUUAAGUAUUAGUGAAGCACGUGUCGAUCCACACGUGUUGAUUUAGACUUGAACUAGAAUAGUAAAUUGUUAAUUCUAAUUUUUUCUUAAUUAAUUUCAUAAUUAAAUUAAUGAAACGGUUCGAUAGUGAUGAGUAAUUAUCAAGGAAUAUUAAUUAUUUUUCUCCACUAACUAGUUAUUCAAAUUCACAACGCAAUUCAAAUUAAUGAGAGACACAUUUUUAGGUACUGUUAUAUGUCUCCAUAAAGCAAAUAUAACAAAUGGUGCCGAGACACCUGUUAGGAAAAAUUCUAUUUCAGUAAAUAGUAAUAUUUAGAAAAAAAAAAAAACUUUUUUUUAACGUCAUGUUCAGCAAAUGAUUUUGAAUUUGAUGCAUAUUAUUUUCAUUUGUGUGUUAUUUUGUUAUUAGUAUUACUGGCAUUAAGGUAUAUUUAUGUGAAUGUGUGAUAUAUUCCCCUGAUGAGAUUAAUAUUAGUGGUUACAAAGUUAAUUAGAUUAAUGCUUUCGAAAUAGCAAUUAUUUUUAGGUAAACUUUCACUAAGACAAAAAAUUUUAGUUUACAUAUUUUUUUUGAGUGUUGGUUUUUCCGUUCUUUAACUAGACAUGACCGAUAACCAGUUAGAAGGUCUUUCUACAAACUCUACUGGAGUAAAAACAAUAGACAUUAUUCCAGUAGUUAAAAGUCACACAGUUUCUGAGUUCUUACCCGUGAUCCCAUCGUUUGACGGAAAUUCUAGUUUCUCUGCUUUUAUAGAUAAAUUUAAUUCGAUUGCUGACUAUUGUAAAUGGGAUGAUAAUGACAAAAUUUUGGCUCUUUCGUUACGCCUUAUCGGCGAAGCUCAGGAAUUCGUAUCCACUCAGCGAGAGUUAAGGUACACUAAGGAUUUUAAAUUGUUAGUUAAAUCGUUAAGGGAAAGAUUUGAAACUAAAUCGAAUAUGGCUUCGUAUAUAACCAAAUUAACACAGGCAUAUCAGCUGCCUUGUGAAAAUGCACGCCAGUUUUUCAGCCGUUUAGAAGGGAUAUCAUAUAACUGUAUUCCAGGUAAUGGCGGUGAAGAGUUUGAAAGUUAUAGAGAACAACUUUUGUUAUCCGCUGCUAAGCAAGGUUUAAGGGUUGAAUUGUUAAGAGGAAUUGCAUCGACCGCACUAGAUAGUUAUAAUGAAUUUAAAAAACAUACUCUUACGUUUGAGGAAAAUUUUAAGUUAAUUGAGCCAAUGCAAUUAGCGGCAGCAAUUCAAGCUAAAUCGGAAGAUAAUACAGCAGCCAAAAUAGAUGAUCUAAAUACAAAAAUCGAACAGCUUACACUAACAAUUUCUAAAAUGCAAACAAAAC